GCAGGAGCUUGAGGUCAUCCAAGCUUCGUCAAGACCCACGAUGGGAGGCUUGACUUUGCUUGGUUUUGUGCCGAUAGCAACGUGCGACAGGCGAUUCACGGCUAACUGGAGAAGGCAGUUGAGAGACAAGAUGUAGGCACAAGAUGCAGGUACGAGGGGUCAUGGUCGAGAGUACUUAAACACGGGACGGUACCAUAUUGGACAGCAGUGCUUUCGCUCAAGUCAAUCGCACCAGUAGUAGACAUGGCACCUGUUCUCAGCUUCCUCAUCGGCUCCUUGUUGGCGGCAAGGGGCCUUGCAGAACCUUUCGAGAAGCUCUUUGCUGUUCCUGAGGGAUGGAAGGCCACCGGCCUCGCCGACGAUUCCCAGGUCCUCAAGCUGCAGAUUGCGCUCCAGCAGGGUGAUGCUGAGGCUUUCGAGCAGCACGUCAUGGAUGUGUCGACCCCCAGCAACAAGAAGUAUGGACAGCACUUCCAGUCGCAUGAGGAGAUGAAGAAGAUGCUGCUCCCCACCGAGGAGGCGUCCUCCUCUGUGGCGGCCUGGCUCAAGGCUGCCGGUGUUGAGAAUGUCGAGACGGAUGCCGACUGGGUCACCUUCAAGACCACUGUUGGCGUUGCCAACAAGAUGCUCGAGACCCAGUUCGCCUGGUACGUCUCUGAGGAGGCGAAGCCCCGCAAGGUCCUUCGUGCUCUUGAGUACUCUGUGCCUGAGGAAGUUGCUUCCUACAUCAACCUCGUUCAGCCUACCACCCGCUUCGCUGCCAUUCGCGCAAACCACGAGACCGGAAGGGAGAUAUCCGGUCUUCAAGUCAUUGAGGGAGCCGCCAGCGUCAAUGCCACCGUUAACUGUGAUGUUCGCAUCACCCCUAAGUGCUUGAAGCAGCUCUACCAGAUCGACUACACGCCUGAAGCGAAGAGUGGCAGCAAGGCAGCUUUCGCUUCCUACCUCGAGGAGUACGCUCGCUACAACGACUUGGCUCUGCUCGAAAAGAACUUCUUCCCGGAGGCCAUCGGUCAGAACUUUACUGUCAUCCAGUACAACGGCGGUCUUAACGACCAGAACUCCUCCGAUGACAGUGGUGAGGCCAACCUGGACGCCCAGUACAUGCUCAGUAUGGCCCAGCCCCUCCCCGUCACCGAGUUCAGCACGGGUGGCCGCGGUCCCUGGGUCGCAGAUCUCGAUCAGCCCAAAGAGUCUGACAGCGCCAACGAGCCCUACCUUGCAUUUCUCCAAAACGUCCUGAAAAUGUCGCAGAAGGACCUCCCCCAGGUCAUCUCAACCUCGUAUGGCGAGAACGAGCAGAGCGUCCCUAAGUCUUACGCUUUGUCCGUCUGCAAUCUCUUCGCUCAGCUCAGCUCUCGCGGUGUCAGUGUCAUCUUCUCCUCUGGUGACUCUGGUGUCGGUUCCGCCUGCCAGAGCAACGACGGCAAGAAUACGACCAUGUUCCAGCCUCAGUACCCUGCCAGUUGCCCCUGGGUGACAUCUGUCGGCUCUACCCGCUACCUCAACGAGACGGCUACCUACUUCUCAUCUGGUGGUUUCUCCAACUACUGGCCGCGCCCUUCAUACCAGGACGAUGCGAUCAAGGCCUACUUCCACACGCUCGGUGAUAAGAACAAGCCCUACUUCAACCGUCACGGCCGUGGCUUCCCCGACGUCGCCGCUCAGGGCGUAAACUACCUUGUCUACGACCAGGGUGUGCUCAAGGGUUUCCAGGGCACAUCCUGCUCUGCGCCUACGUUCGGUGGUAUGGUAGCUCUUCUCAACGACGCCCGUUUGAGGUCCAAGAAGCCUUCCCUGGGUUUCCUGAACCCGCUGCUGUACUCCAACCCUCAUGCGCUGAACGACGUUGUCCUCGGUGGAAGCACGGGCUGCGACGGCCACGCCAGGUUCAACGGCCCACCCAACGGCAGCCCCGUCAUCCCGUAUGCCAGCUGGAACGCGACUGCUGGAUGGGACCCUGUCACAGGUCUGGGUACGCCUAAUUUCCCCAAACUCCUCAAGGCUGCAGUUCCCAGCCGCUACAGGGCUUGAUUGAAGGUGGGGAUGUUGGGUGGGGAUGAUUGUAUAUAUUCAAAUGAUGAACGAUAAUCAAUUUAUAAAAUGAUCAACUACCCUGCAUGUAAACAAACGUUGGAUGUUUAUUGAGGC